UAUUCAUACAAUUUGAUUUUUAUAAAGUGACUGUAUUUAAAAUUAUUAUUAUCAUCACUAUUAUUAUUACGGAUUAGACAAAGUUCAAUGCAGAUUAUCCAAGGUUUAUGCAUAGACACACAUUGUAUUAUUACUAUUCAAUGAAAUGAACAUGAAUAUGAAUCGGAAAAUAUCAAUUGAACACAUUCAUAAUCAACACUUACAUAGAGAUUGUUGACAAAACAUUAUGAAUACCAUAUUUUGUUAGGUGGAUUCCUCAUAACCAAAUCAUUGAUUAUAUUGAAGUAAGAGAAUAAACAGGUUUGUAGUGUGUAUUACAAUUUGUGGAUUAUACCACCAUCUCAUUAUCAAAUUUUCCAGUUAAUCAACUAGUGAAAGAAUAUCACCUGCUUUACAUCCAACAUGAUGCCAACUGAGACUCAACUCAAUCGUCGUUAAAUUGCAUUCUAUCAAUUAUCAUAAUCUGUCAGUAGAAGGGAUGAUACAUAAUUGUGUAAUUGGGAAAGUGGUCAACGUGUGGACACAAGGAGCAAGCUACAAUUUGGAUAGUUCACAAGAAGCAUCCAUUAAUCAACGACAAUAUUCGAAUAAUGAUGGUGAUAUUUUUGCAUUGAAUGUACUUGGAAUUACAGUUCUUCAGUUUGCAAUCACUUUUGGAGGAACAAAUUUGUUUAUUCUAGUCCAACAGAUCAGUGAAUGGAUUAAAGGUAAUGUGGUAAUCUUAUGGAUCUCAUGCGCUAUCUACUUAGUUCUUCAAACAGUUUGGAUGUUUGUUCCAGCAUUAUCACGGAAAUAUCCAUACAAUGUAAUGUACCUAAUACUGAUGACAUUAUUUUCAACCAUUGCAAUCGCAUCGGAUGCAACGUUGUACUUCGAGGAUGUUGUCUAUUUCAUCUUCGCUGUAUCGGUGACAUUCAUUAAUUUAAUUGUUUGCACUAUAACUGUUCUACAAUAUGAUUUCAGUAAACAUUACACCAUCAAUCUGUUUGUUACAUUAAGUAUUGAUUUGAUACUAAUCAUUGGACAGAUUCUUUACUUUACAAUGAAUAAGAAUAAUAUUGUACUAGUUAUUGCUGGUGCAAUUACAUUUCCAUUAACAGUCUUUAAAUUAUUAUUUGAAUUGAAGAUGGUAUUUGGAGGUGGUACAUUUCGAUAUCAUCAAAUGGAUUUAGUAUUAGCAGCUGGAAUUCUUUACAAUUGUUGGUGGAAUUUAUUUUUAACAUUAAUGUGGUUAUCUUCAAUGACAGGUUUAAGAAUUUUGAAUUCAACGAAUACUACUACUACCAGUACUACUUUAUUAAAUGUUCAAUCUUCAAUUCAUUUAAUAGUUCUAACUAAAUUCGAUUGAAUAUAUAUUUCUAGGGAAAUAUGUGUUGAAGAAGAAUUCUCAAGUAUUUUAUUUUUUCUCUUUGAAUAAACAGCCAAUUUUUCAGUGGUCAAUGUAUAUCAUGGAUAAUGGUUAUGUUGUGACUUAUAUUACUCUUUGUAUAAGUUUACUCAUUUCUGAAACUUAAAUCUCUUGUAGUGUCAGUUAUUAUGUAUAAGCCUAUAUAGAUUAUUCUAGCUUCUGGGCAAACCAUUUUAUCCAUUCUAUUUGAGUUACAUCUUGACCUCGCUAAUUGUUUACUUAUCAAACUUGACUAUAUGUAUAUGUGUACACUUCUUAUCCUACUUACCACAUGUCAGUAGCUUAUUUUUAUGUGACUAUAAAUGUUGAUUAACGCUUGAUUAAAUGGAGUUGGCUCAGUACUGUCCGUCGUUUCGUUCUCUCUUCUUCGCUUCCUUCGCUACGUCUCUCUGAUUAUCUGUUUGAUCA